GCCGACUCCCAUUUGUUCGGUCCCCUUCCCUCAUCUGCUUUCGUUUGAGCCUUCGCUGUCACUCUCUCGCGUCGAGCUUAAACAAGGAUGGCGAUUGAUGCGUGGCGCCGUGGCCGGAUCGUAGGCCGGGGAGCCUCCGCCACCGUCUCCGUCGCCGCUUCGCUUUCGUCCGGCGAGAUCUUCGCGGUCAAGUCCGCGGAGCUUUCCUCCUCCGGGGACCUGCAGAGGGAGCAGAGGAUCCUGUCUUCGCUCGAUUCGCCCUAUGUCGUCUCUUAUUUUGGCUUCGAGGUUGGCCUCUGCUACGAUCUCUUCAUGGAGUACGCUCCCGGGGGCUCCAUGUCUGACGAGAUCAAGAAGCGGGGCGGUCGGCUGGACGAGCUCAACAUCCGGUCCUACACGUGUGACCUCCUCCGGGGGCUGGCAUACCUCCACUCGAACGGCGUCGUUCACUGUGAUCUGAAGAGCCAAAACGUCUUGAUUUGCUCCGGCGGGCGGGCGAAGAUCGCGGACUUCGGGUGCGCGCGGCGGGCGGACGAGGAGGACAAGGAUGGCGGAGGACGCGUCCAACCGAGGGGCACGCCCAUGUUCAUGGCGCCGGAGGUCGCGCGGGGGGAGGAGCAGAGUGCCCCGGCGGACGUCUGGGCCCUGGGAUGCACCGUCAUCGAGAUGGCCACAGGGCAGCCGCCGUGGCCGCACGCCUCGGAUCCCGUCUCCGCUCUCCACCGAAUCGCGUUCUCGGCGGCCGUGCCAGAGUUCCCCUGCUGGCUCUCGGAAGACGGAAAUGACUUCUUGAGCAGGUGCCUGAGGAGGGAUCCCAGGGAGCGGUGGUCGGCAGAGCAACUCCUCCGGCACCCAUUCGUUGCGUCUUGGACCUCGAAUCCCCUAGAUUACCGCUGGGUUUCUCCCAAGAGCACGCUCGAUCAGGGCUUCUGGUCGGCGCUCUCGGAGGAGGAGGAGGAAGAAGACGAGGAGUCGCUCGAACAACCAGCGGAGGACGCGUCCGAGAGAAUGCAGAGCUUGCUUGGCAUUGCGCCCAACUGGACGUGGGGCGAGGACUGGGUGACGGUGCGAAGCGACGGCAGGGAUCGCAGCGUCGACGAGGUGACCCGCGGCAGCGAGGCUUUCACGGACGUGAGCGUCACGAGCAACAGCGAGGAAUUCGUGUUCAGCACGAAUCACACAGAGGGAUCAAGUGAUCGCGCUAUUAUUAAAGCGAAUUGUAAUUUUAAUGAUACAAGCUAUGUUGAAAUAGCAGAGGGAAUAAAAGAGCAGCUUGCUUUGAUAUGUGAAUGUGUUCGAAUGUGCAUCUGA